UGACAUCGGUGGAUGUUGCACAGGAUCACAUCCACAGCAUCAGCAGCAAGCGCUCCUCCAUCCACCUUGCCAUCCCUCCGUCUUUUCUAUCUCUUCUCCUCCUCUGCUUCUCCUCCUCAUACCACCAUCCUUGCUCCAUACACUCCUUCUCCCUUCCCUCGACAGGAGCACUUUGCAGCAGAGGGCCUUGUACACACACUUACCAUCAGGAACAGCAGCAGCGAGCAGACUGGCUCUCCAUCUACUUUGCCUCUCCUCUUAAAACCCCACUCUUUCCAUCCUCUUCUUUCCUCCUCACCCUUCUUCUUGUUAUCUGGUCUCCCAGCAAGCCUUGGUUCAGGAUGCUUUAGUAGGCCCCAGCAGCAUGGGCGGAGCCUGGGCAGAAAGAGAGAUUACAGAUUGGACCCUUCCCCUCAGGACGGGCGAGUUGGCGGGCCACCCUCCCUCUUCUUCAGAUGGGCGAGGACGCUGAGAGCCCCAAAAUCAACCACACCUUCCUGAGAGACUACGUCACUGAAGCCGAUGUCAUCUCUACAGUGGAGUUCAACCAGACAGGGGACCUGCUGGCCACAGGGGAUAAAGGUGGCCGCGUGGUCAUCUUUCAAAGAGAGACUGAGCUCAAGGGCGAGUCAGAAGAGGCAGGUGAGGUGGGGGACUCGGGAGAGUACAACGUCUACAGCACGUUCCAAAGCCACGAGCCCGACUUUGACUACCUGAAGAGUCUGGAGAUAGAGGAGAAGAUCAACAAGAUCAGAUGGCUGCCGCAGCAGAAUGCCGCACAUUUCUUGCUGUCCACCAAUGAUAAGACCGUCAAACUGUGGAAAGUCAGUGAGAGAGAUAAGAGACCAGAAGGAUACAACCUGAAAGAUGAAGAGGGACGGAUAAAGGAUGUUUCCACCAUCACCUCUCUGAGGGUGCCAGUGCUGAAACCAACCGAUCUGAUGGUAGAAGUUCGACCCAGGCGGGUAUUUGCAAACGGACACACAUACCACAUCAACUCCAUCUCCGUCAACAGCGAUGGGGAGACCUACCUGUCUGCCGAUGACCUCCGCAUCAAUAUGUGGCAUCUGGACAUCACGGAUCGUAGUUUUAACAUUGUAGACAUCAAACCCGCCAACAUGGAGGACCUGACGGAGGUGAUAACGGCAGCAGAGUUCCACCCUCACCACUGCCACCUGUUUGUGUACAGCAGCAGCAAGGGGACCCUGCGCCUCUGUGAUAUGAGGGCCUCAGCUCUCUGUGACAAACAUACCAAGCUUUUUGAGGAGCCUGAAGAUCCGGGGAGCCGUUCGUUCUUCUCAGAGAUUAUUUCCUCUGUGUCAGAUGUUAAGUUCAGCCACAGUGGGCGCUACCUGCUCACAAGAGACUACCUAACUGCUAAAGUGUGGGACCUGAAUAUGGACAAAGGACCAGUUGAGACCUACCAGGUCCAUGAGUACCUGAGGAGUAAGCUGUGUUCCCUCUAUGAGAAUGACUGCAUCUUUGAUAAAUUUGAAUGUGUCUGGAACAGCUCAGACAGUGUGAUCAUGACAGGGGCAUACAACAGCUUUUUCCGGAUGUUCGACCGGGAGACUGGCCGGGGAGUAACCCUGGAGGCGUGGCGGGAGAACAGCAAGCCUCGGGCAGUGCUACGGACCCGCCGGGUUUAUACGGGCGGAAAGCGCCGCCGUGGCGAUGUGGGCGUCGACAGCCUGGACUUCACCAAGAAAAUCCUGCACAUGGCCUGGCACCCGGCAGAGAAUAUAAUCGCCAUAGCAGCCACCAACAACCUGUACAUCUUUCAGGAUCGUGUCAACCCUGAUGCGCAGACACAGUGACAGGAAGAAAAACACAAACAUUGAAACUAUUUCAGUGUUUGAGGAAUUCGUGAAAGAGAUGCAGCCUCCGAGGACAGGAUUAAUGAUUAAUUGCUAAAUUGCAGACUGAUCAUUGAACUAAAAUAAUUUAAUCAACGAAAAAAUGGUGUGUAAUACUUUUGCCAACCUUGAGAUGUGCUCAUAUCUCUAGUGGCAAAUGGGACUUGAUGGUUUUUUUGCUGCACUCUACUCCCACUUUUCCAAGAUGUUUGUGAAAUAUCCCUCUGCAGGAGCAGUGAAGGAGGUGCAGGGACACCUCUCCAUCUGCAACAACUCAAUGCUGUUAAUCACUCAGUGUUGCACCGCUCACUAAUCUACUCUUUUCACACAGAACAGAGUGUGCUUCAUUGAAGAAGUGUCUGAUGCUCCUAAGACAACUGGAUGACUUUAUGAGACAUUGCAUUCAAAGCUUUUUGUUUUAAAUGUGGAAUGUUAGGAAUGGUGUAAGCGAAUGUCUCCUUACAACAUUUUUAUUUUCUCUACUGACAACAGUUACUGACGCUCUCCUUUAGAGCAGUGCUCUUGGAGAUUGUACGCAUAAUUCACGCAUAAUCUAUUCACGUUGAGAUUAUAUUACCAAUAAUUUAGCAGUAUUCCUGCUAUAAAACAUGAUUAUUUUCCUUCUACAUGCAUAGUAUACACAUUUUACAGUUGUCUGUAUAUAUCUGUGUUAAUUUUUUUAAGAGAAAAUAACUCUUUGCUUCAAACAGAUUUUGUUGUGUACACUGUAAAUGAACAUUAGAUCUCUUGCAGAAAAGUUAUAUGAUCUCUUUAACACAGUUACUAUAGUGUAGCAAUAUAUAUAGAGUUAAUGAUGGAGGGCUGGGUGAAUUGAAUAUAAUGCAACACUUAGUCUUUUGUUCUGUUUAUUACUUGCUCUUCAAACAGUGCCCUGCAAAAGCAUUCAGGUCCCUUAACAUUUCUACAUUUUGUCAUGUUCCAAUCACUAACUCCAAUGUUAUUGUGAAAAGUCAGCACAAAGAAAUGGAUACCUAUAAAGUGGAAGGUGUGAAAAAUGUUUUUGCAAAAUUUGUAUUCAGCCCUUCUGAGUCCAUACUUUGUAGAACCAUUUUUGCUUCAAUUACAGCACAAGUGUGCAUGUCUUUACCACCCUUCCACAUCAAGGAACGCACCUUUGCCCAUUCUUCUUUGCUUCAACUUAUUCAGGUUGUAAAAAGAGUGGAAGGUGGACCCCUGUUCCAGUAUCAAGUCUUUCACAACCUCAAGCAGGUUUUCUUCCAGGAUUGCCCUGCAUCUAGUUCCAUCUGUUUUUCCAUCACUCUUAUGGGCUUCAUGCCAGCAGCGUUUUGCAUGAAUGCCAAAAUUUCGCUUUUGGUCUCAUGUGACAAGACCAAGUUUUUCCAGAUAUUUGCUCUGUUUGCAUUUUGCUUUUGGCAGGACUUCUUAUGGUUUGGUAGGCCAUGUCUUGUUGGGGUUUGAAGUCUUACCACACUCUUCUCAUCUCAGUCAGUUAUCUAAAGCUUGAGUUAUUGUUUUAUUACCUAACUCUGCUUUAAGCUUCUUCACAGCUGACCUUGGUCUUUUUGAUGCUGUUUAUUCACAAAUGUUCUCUAACAAACCUCUGAGGUCUUCACAGAACAAUGGAUUUUUACUGAGAUUACAUUUCAAGCUGGUGGACUACAAUUACUAAUUAGGUAAAUUCUAAAGGCAGUUUGCUGGUCUGGGUUUUAUUAUUAUUAUUUAAGAGAAAAUGUGAAUGAUACAAAUUCCAAAGCACACUUUUAAUUAUUUUUAACUGUAAAUAUUUUUGAAAACCACGCAUCAUUUUCAUUUUACAACUAUGUAGUACAUUGUGUUGGUUCUUCACAUAAAAUCCCAAAACAAUACAUAGACGUUUGUAGAUGUAAGAAGACAAAUUGGUGAACAAGUUCAAGGUGUAUGAAUACUUUUGCAAACCACUGUGAAUAAGACAAGGUGUAACUGUUAGAAUUGUGUGACAUCAAAAUGAGCCUUGUUCGUUUUAUAACACAGAAGCACAUUUGAAAAGGGAUCUCACAAUCAAAAUAGUGCACAUUGUUUAUAACAGAGAAACACUGACUCAGCUAAAUCCAAGCUGAAACAACUAUGUUCUUGUCUAUGGUGUGCUCGGGGUCAGAGGUGGUCAUUAGUGCAAUAGCUCAUUAUAUGCAUCAUUAAAAGAUCUUUAAUGUCCAAACAAUUACUAUAUAGUAAAUUUCUCAUAGUAUAUCACACAAUCUAGUUGUCAUGGCUGAUACCUCACAGUGCCGUGUGCUGCUCUGGGUUGCGACAAAUGAAAGCUAAAGGUGCACAACGUUUAAGUGAUGGCUUGUUUUCUUGCUUAGGGUUCAGUACUUUGUUCUCAAGUGACCUUUGUCCUGAUAGGAUUAUUAAGUGGCGCGCAUGUUAACCAUAAAUGGAGGUGAAACAAAUUUAUUGCAGUACUGGGGCAUAUUUUUGGAUCUUUUUAAACAUGGGGUUUGAUUGGGCAAACAUCUCUAACUGUGGAAAGCUGUGAACUUGGGACAAAAACUAAAAAAAGAAUCUUUGUUCAGUUUGUUUUGCUUGUUUGCUGUCUGUACACCUUCGUUCUGUUUCUGCAAGUGAGGACACAAACAUGCACUCAAUAGUUUCUAUCGCAGCUCAACACAAAUGUGAGGAACUACAAGUAAAAUAACUUUGAGUGUCAUUGAGUGACUUGUAAACGCAUCAUAUCGACCCACAUACAGCAGGGAGAGGAUUUGUGUUCAGGAUCACAGCAGCAGCAUCAGCAGCAGCAUGUUACCAUUACUCAGUGCUUCUUAUCUGUAUAACUAUCAUGCUAAAAAAAGAUGUAAAUGUACAAAACCUUAUUCAUGUGCGAUGAAUGAAAGGAAUGUGCAUUAAUAAAAUUAUCUGAAAUUA